GCCACCACAUCGUCGUUGCCACCGCGCCAUCACCCGAUCACCGUCGACAGAGCAAAACGAGCGAAAGAGCUGGUCUUCCUUCCGUUUCGUUCCGCGCCACGCCGUGUCAGCCGUGUCGUGCUGUGCCGAACCGUGCCGUGCAAAGUCGUGUCACGUAGCAGUCGUCCCGGACAGCAUUUUCUCAGUGGUGUCGUGGGACACGCGGCAGACCGAGUGAGAACGGGAAAGAAGAGCCCGUGGCAUCGCAAGGGAGAGCGAGAGAGUUGACGGGUAGUAGUACACUUGGCGUUCAAGUCGCGCGACACUCCGUCAAGAGGACUCGAGCACUCCGCCUUCCUCUUCCUCGUCCACUUCCAUCUGCCCCUCUGACACAAACAUGAAUGAAGAGUACGACGCGAUCGUCCUCGGCACCGGCCUGAAGGAAUGCAUCCUCUCGGGUAUGCUCUCCGUCAGCGGCAAGCGGGUGCUACACAUCGACCGCAACAAGUACUACGGCGGCGAGUCUGCCUCCAUCACGCCCCUCGAAGAUCUGUUCAGCAAAUUCAAGGCUCCAUCACCGGACGAGAGCUAUGGCCGCGGUCGGGAUUGGAAUGUUGACUUGAUACCAAAAUUCCUGAUGGCGAAUGGUCUUCUCGUCAAGCUGCUCAUUCACACAGGUGUGACACGUUACUUGGAGUUCAAGUCGGUGGAGGGCUCAUAUGUAUACAAGUCUGGCAAGAUCUCGAAGGUCCCAAUCGAUCAACAGGAGGCCCUGACCAGCGAUCUGAUGGGUUUGUUCGAAAAACGGCGGUUCCGUAGCUUCCUCAUGUGGGUCCAAAACAUGCAGGAGGAUGAUCCCAAGUCGUGGGAUGGCUUCGAUCCCUUCAACAACAACAUGAGCGCACUGUACAACAAGUUCAGCCUGGAUAAGAAUACGCAGGACUUCACUGGACACGCGUUAGCGUUGUACAGGGAUGACGACUACAUAGGCCAAACUGCGAUAACCACUAUUAGGAGAAUCAAACUGUAUAGCGACAGUUUAGCUCGGUACGGAAAAUCGCCGUAUCUUUAUCCGAUGUACGGUUUAGGCGAACUUCCUCAGGGCUUCGCGCGUCUUAGCGCUAUUUUUGGUGGCACAUACAUGCUGGAUAAGCCGAUCGAUGAAAUCGUUAUGAAGGAUGGCAAGGUGGUUGGCGUUCGUUCCGGCGAUGAAGUAGCUCAAUGCAAACAAGUUUUUUGUGAUCCUACGUACGUAUCUGAUCGCGUGAAGAAGGUCGGUCAAGUGAUAAGAUGCAUAUGCCUCAUGGAUCAUCCUAUAGCCAACACAGCUGACGCAUUAUCCACGCAAAUUAUCAUUCCUCAGAAACAGGUCGGCCGUAAUUCCGAUAUAUAUGUGUCUCUCGUAUCGUAUACUCAUCAAGUUGCGGCAAAAGGCUGGUUCAUCGCUAUGGUCUCGACCACGGUGGAGACGGAUAACCCGGAGGUCGAGAUUAAACCCGGUCUGGACCUGCUUGGUCCUAUCAAACAGAAAUUUAUCAGCAUCUCCGAUUACAUGGUGCCGAUAGAUGAUGGUCUUAAUAGCCAGAUAUUCAUAUCCACCAGUUACGAUGCUACCACGCAUUUCGAAACCACUUGCUUAGACGUGCUCGAUAUAUUCAAGCGCGCUACUGGCGAAGAGUUUGACUGUAACAAGAUCAAGCUUGAUCAAGGAGACUGGGAUCAGUAACCGUAAUCGCGAAAUGCGCGCGUGCAUACACAUCACACAUUAUGAGGAUAAAUCGAAGCGCCCAGUGUAUUUGCGUAUUCGAGUAAAAAAAGAAACAUCGUUCGACGAUUGCCGACGAUUACGUCGGCAUGCGACAGUGUCUCAAGGCAGAUACCACGGAACAAGUUAUGCUGCGAGCAGACCUGUGCCUAGUUAUGUAGAUUCUCUUUGAUAGAGGAUGGAAAAUGGAGGCAAAGUUGGCUAAAAAUUCUCUCUAUCAAAUUUUUCUCUGUCUCACCCUAUCCUCCUAAUCUCGUCUCUGCAACACAGUCCUAUCCGAAGCGCACGAAUUCUCCACAUUCACACGGAAAAAGAUUCGGACUCUAUUUCUACGAUUUCGAACUGGAUUAUAUAAGGUUAGAGCCUCUUAUAAAUUUAUAUUUUACAUGAAACAUGAAUCCAAUCUGCCAAUAUACAUUGGAACAGGAAAUAAUAAAAGAAAAAGAAAUUUAAGGUAAUUGAGUCGUCGUAGCGUAUAUACAAUACGUAUGUACCAUAUUUUAAUAUAUAUUAAUAAGUGAAACGUUUAUCGGCAGAUCGCAUUGUACAAAAAAAGUUUACAGGUACUGUAGUGACAUCAUGUUGCUACAAAAGCUACAAUCUAUUGUUAAACUGAUGAUUGAUGCAGUAUAAGAGUCAUAAUAUUUCUGUUUAAAUUAGCAUUGGUAAUUCCUAUAGAUAUAGAGAUACUUCUGAAAAGUCUCUAGGUUGUGAAUCAGAAAAAAUUUAUAUUUGGACGUUAAUUUUAAGUUGUCUAAGUUGCAUUUAUUAUUUUGAGCAAAAUCGAACAAUGAUAUAAUAUUGUGCGAAUUGCUAAAUGAGCGGUUGAAGAUGUUCCAUUGAUAAGUUUCCUUUCUUUAUUGACCCUGUAGCAAAAUUAGAGAUAACAAGAUAUGCAUUAUUCGAUGUGUACUCAUGUACAUAAUUGUAACUAUGUUUCAUCUUCCAUAUCCGUUUUUCUCGUUAAAGAAACGCUCGCUUUAGAAAACGAAACGUAACUAUCGAUAGCACGAUUAGAUAUCUUCAAUGUAUGUUCAGAAACGAAAUUAGGAAUAGGAAAGUUGCAUAUUCAUACACGCUUGAGACAAAGUCGGUAGUAAAUGAGAAAAAAACGAAAAAAAAUGAAGGAUAUCGAAACAUUGAAACGAAGAAGGAUAUCCGGAGCGGCCAAGCAUUUCAUUAUAUAGAUAUAUUAUAUAGAUCCACAUAGUAUAUAUAUAUAUUAUAUAUUACAAAAAAGAUAUGUAUACAUAUACAUAUAUAUACAUAUAUAUAUAUAUAUAUAUAUAUAUAUAUAUAUAUAUAUAUAAAAUAUUGAGAAAAUGGAAUCGUUGAAAUAUUGUUGUUUCGUGUGAGCUUGAGAUUCGAACUACUUUAUUUGCAUAAUAAAUCAUUAUUGUAUUGUUACCUGAUAAGAAAAGAGUAAGUGAGCGCGAACGUUCGCAUGCACAUCGAUCAAUUAAUUAUCAAUUAACGGCGUAUGUCAAGGAGAACGUAUCAAGGAGAAAAAAAUGAAUUGGUCGUUUUCCUAGAUUCAUGUUUUACUUGCACUCUCGCAUGGGUUACGAUGGGCACACACAAUUUCACAUCACGUACGAAAAAUUUGGCGAGGAAACGGGUAUACUCAGAUAACACUUGUCUCAAUUGCAACAGAUACAUCAUUAUCCAUCAACUUGUAACACAAGAGAGCUGAAUGGAAUAAACGAUAUUGUAUUAA